AUAACCGUCGUGGCUGUUGGAGGUGCAAUAAACACGAUUCUUCUUCGUUCCCGUGCCUCUACGGUGGAUGUAGAUUUCUCCAGCCUUGAUACUGCAAACAAUCCUGUCUUGCGAGAUGGUAUUAAAAGCGCCGCCAAAGCCAUGCAGCUUGGUGAAGGGUGCAUGAACAACCACACUGCACUUUUCAUUGCUCCCAACACUAAAACCAGCCUCCACAACGAAGCAAUUAGCGAUGGUGCAGUCAUAUUUGAUGAGCCUGGGCUUCAGGUGCUCACUGCGCCCUGGAUGUACUGUCUAGUAGCCAAAUUAGAGAAGGCUGGAAAGAGAGGGAACGCGAAGUCCUAUGAUAUGUCCGAUGCGUCGCAAUACCUC